AUGGCGGAGCGCGUGAAAUGGGAGAGUGGCGUGGGUGAUGGUCGUGAAGGCCCUGGAGAAGAAGCCAAUGAUAACGAUGUCGCCUCGCAAGCACACGAAGAUGACCAAAAUGAAACCAAGAAAGGCGAGCCAGGCGCUGCACCAGUCACCCAGUUCGAAAUACCCUACGCCAGCGGGGAGACGAGGCACUUCCAGCUCAAGCAAGGUCCCAACAACUCCCUAGCCGCAUAUUGUGGUUUGGCGAAAAGAAUUCUACGGAGGGCUGGUGGACGAGACAUCACCUUCUCAAACGCUCAUGAGUUUGGGGAUCGCGACUGGAUCAUCCUGAACCGUGUGUGUGAGGCCUUUAUACGAGGCCUUCACGACUCGGAGCUAAGAGAAAAACUCGAGAAGUUCCCUUCGCUAUCAUUCAAGCCGUUGUACGAUGCGCCCAGCAAUCACUCCCUCUCAGCCGUGUUGACGCAGGUUGAGGGCGAGGAAGCGCUCCUAGCCUGGGAAACAUGGCCCGCCAGGGAAAUCAUGUACGAGUUCCAGCCUCAAGUUGAGCAGACACUUUUGGCAUGGCAGAACCUCCAGUGGAACCGAAACUUUGGUGUUGACCCUGCCUCGUACGCCAAGGAACUGCAGCUGUGCCUCGACAAGAUCAAAAGAAUCCCUUCGGUCCAACUCGCCAUAUUCACCCAGGGCCACAACGAGACAUCAAGCCAAUAUUUGCAGAGGGCAAGGACCAUACAAGCCAAUCUUCACCAGGGUUUGGACCCUCUUACGAGCGCGGCACGGCUGGAGAUCGCCGCCCGGUACAUUUCGGGUAUUUUCGGCAAGGAGACUCGUGAGUUAGCCAAAGCGGCGAUGGGUUCUUCAACCGAUCCAGUCGAUCUGGAAGAGGUCGGCCAACGACACAAAGUUAUCCAGCUUGCCAGAGACCUCGAGAAAGCGACCGAGCAGGACUCGUGCGACCCAGCCGAUGUGGAAGAUAUUCGGCGCUACAUUGAACUGCUUCGCUCUCCCCUGCACAAAGUCCGGACUGGACCUCGGGAUUGCAGCUACCUGGUUCCCGUUCCGCCAGAGCUGUCGCAGCUGGUCUCUAGGAUCAGAGAGCUGCCUGAGCCUCUCAUUCUGCCGUCCAGCUCGCCACGAGCAAGACAUCGAGAUCCGCUAGAGUUCCCAGCCACCGGGGCUGGCGUGCAAUGUGACAUUAACUUCUCAGCUCACCUGGCCCUCCACAACACCGCGCUUCUGCGCUGCUACUCUCUCACAGAUCCCAGAGUGAGGCCAAUGGUUCUAUUUGUGAAACAUUGGGCGAAAGUUCGGGCCAUCAAUUCCGGAUAUCGGGGAACCUUGAGCAGCUACGGCUACGUGCUGAUGGUGCUGCAUUAUCUCGUCAAUGUCGCCCGGCCCUUUGUAUGUCCCAACCUGCAGCAACUCGCGCCCCGCCCUCCCCCGGACCUGCCUGCUGCGGAAUUCGAGCGCACCGUUCAAUUUCGCGGGUAUAACAUUCAAUUCUGGCGAAAUGAGAACGAAAUCAUGCACCUGGCAGCCAGUCAUCAGCUCAAUCACAACACCGAAAGCGUCGGCCGUCUCCUGCGUGGCUUCUUCGAGUACUUCGCCCAGACAGGCAUCUUGAGCAGCGGCCAGGGCAAGGGAUUCGACUGGGGCAGAGAUGUGCUGAGUUUGAGGACCCAGGGUGGUCUUCUUAGCAAGCAGGAAAAAGGCUGGACCGGUGCAAAGACGGUCUUCGAGGUCCAGGAAGCAGCGAUUGCGCAUCCAGGGAAAGGGGACCAAAUGGCUUCUGACCACGCAGAGCCGGGGCAGCCCCUACAUAAGGGCGAUGAGGUCAAAGAGGUACGCCAUCGGUAUCUAUUCGCUGUGGAGGAUCCUUUCGAGCUCGACCACAACGUUGCUCGAACAGUUACACACAACGGUAUUGUGUCCAUACGUGAUGAGUUCCGGCGCGCCUGGAGGAUCAUCCGCACCGCAGAGGGUGGAGUUCCAAACGAAGACCUGUUGCAAGAUGUCAAGGACGACCAAGACAGCUCUAGCUCGCUCUCCCGCCUCCUAGACGAGAUUCACGGGCCCAAGCACAUUUGGGUCUCUGUUCAAUAG